AUGAAUAUAGAUAAUUUACAAUUUAUUAGUGAAGAUAGAAUAUUUAUGAAUGAACCAGUACUAGUUAGUGUUCAAAUACCAGAAAAUCUACAAAUAAUCAAUGGAAAGAAUAUUGAAAAGAAAGAUAUUAAUAAAUUUAUUAUUCCAUCUUCAAUUACUAAAUUAGGAAAUGCAUGUUUUAAUGGAUGUUCAUCAUUAAAAUCAAUUAAUAUUCCAUCAUCAAUAAGUAAAAUAGGACAUGGAUGUUUUGAUAGAUGUUCAUCAUUAACAUCAUUUAAUAUACCAUCUUCAAUUACAUCAUUUGGACGUGGAUGUUUUGAAGAAUGUGGAUGUGAAGAUGAAUUAAUGAAAAAUAAAACAAUACCAAGUUAUUGUUUUGAAUCUGAUGAAAGCUGGUCUGAUUAA